CAACCUUGUGCAGCAUUUCGAACACUAUGAAGCUCUUAGCAUCCUUCGUCCUCGCUGCUCUGGCGGCCUGCGCUCGCUCACAAACUACCCUUACUGGCCAGUAUACUUGUGCUACCUCCGGGAACUACGAGUUGUGCCAGGACCAGUGGGGCACUGCUAACGGUGUGGGUUCUCAAAACUCCACGUUGGUCAGCACCAGUGGAAACACCAUUUCCUGGACCACGACCUACACGUGGGCGAACAACGAGAACGAUGUCAAGACAUUCGCCAACGUUCUUCAAACCACCUAUCAAGGCAUCACGCUUUCCACCAUUACGUCGGCUCCUACAUCCUGGACCUGGGAAUACGAAUCUUCGUCCUCUGGCUUGAGGGCUGAUGUCGCCUACGACAUCUGGUUUGGCUCCGCUGCUGGAGAUGCGGGAUCCAGCACGUCUACUUACGAGAUCAUGAUUUGGCUUUCAGGCGAAGGAGGCAUUCAACCCGUUGGUUCUGAGUCAACCUCUGGCAUCUCGCUUGCUGGCUACACCUGGAAUCUCUGGGCCGGCGAAAACACGAACUGGGAGACGUACUCCUUCGUGAGCGCCAGCGGCAACAUCAACGACUUCAGUGGCGACUUGACCGAUUUCUUCAACUACUUGUACGAUAACGAGGGCGUGUCUGACUCGCAGAUACUUCAAGCGAUACAGACCGGCACGGAGGCCUUUACCGGAACCGCUACUCUCAACGUCGAGAGCUUCAGCGUCUCCGUCGAGACCUAAGGAAUUUUCAAUUGGGGAUGUUGCCAGGCGGGAUCUGCGGGAGGUAAAUGAGGAGUGGUGUCCUUAGCUCUUCGUCUCAUUAGUCGGAUCCUGCAUGUUGAUUGCCUGUGUAACAAUGAAGGAAUUGCUCGCAAUUUUGGGCGUGACCUCAC